AUGAAUUCUCAAGAUUCUACCGUGGAUGCGCAAAACAAUCUACCACUUUGGAUACGGCGACAGGAUCCAAGUUGGCAAAAGCGGUUUGCAAUUUCAAUGACGGAAAAUGGCGUGUCGAUGAUGGGCCGAGGGGGGCGAUUGAUACGGAUGCGAAAGGAGAAUCACGAGAAGUUUGAUAAAACAGCCGGACGAGAGGAGCAUGUACUAAAUCGACUGGCAUAGGCAACGACAAAAAUACAGAUCCGACCCAAUACAUCUGGCGAAGAUUUGGUUUCAGCCUAUCUUGUCUGGUACAUUUUGAACCGCAAGCAUCGCCUAUACUGUGGUAGAAGCAACGCUUUGGUAUUAAAUUUAAAGCGCCUGUUGGCUUAAUGAAAAUGAGCAAUACAUCACUUGUCAUAUAAUACACAAUUUGUUUCAGGUCGCCUCGAUGUAAAUUUAUUCAUUCUUCCACGACGUUCAAGUUUCAUGACUGUUCUCUAACCACUUGUCUCUGGAAGCUAUACAUAAGUUCGCAUGCGAGUGAUCCGCAUGAUGAAAGCUCGUCACCCUGUUCGACUGCAAGCGUGGCGGGAGUAUUCGCUACCCUACUCGGGAUAGAGACGCUUGUUUUCCCCAAAAUUAACCACAUCUGUGAUUACAUAUCAAACCACCAAUUCGUGCCAGCGAUUGCUUGAGCCGAGGUCUACUGAGAACAAGUAGGCGCGACUCAGUCGCUGCGAGGUUUGGGCAGCUGUAUCACCAGGACCAGAGCCUGCUAUUCCUGUGUGGGUUCUGGGGUUGGAGUCCGGGCGAAGGAACAUCUCGGCCACUACGACUGCGUGUUUCAGUGCACAGAAGCAUGCUACAGCGACAUACAGUUCGCUGCAAAUCAUGUGAGUGCGAAGGAUAAUCCUUUAUCAAUAAUUAUGCUCCAGUUACUUUAUGCGUCAUCAGCGCACAAAUUUUCUCGUGAGCG